AAGAAGUAAACCGAGGGAAGAAGGGAAAUCUGGACUCCAGGUUCCAUGAUGCUUUGCAGUGUUCGGUUGGUCAGUGCGGUCGCAGGCGGGAGCAGGUUCUCACUACUGUUAAGAUUUGAACACUAGAGCUCUCCCCUCGGUCUGUUGUCGUCCCUGUCUGUGGUUAUGGACAGACCUCCCGCUCCUCACCAUGAGAAAAACUACAGAAAACCACAGGAACUCUCGGACACUUGCAGGAUACAUGUCCCCGAGGAGUAAAGUGAAGGACCUCCCACUCCAACAACGUUCCCUACCCCAUGACACGUCUUUUCACCUGGAGACUCCAAUGAACCCCUCUCAGAUGCCUAACCAGCUUUCUCAACCACUACCCAAGAGAGUGUUGUCACGUCAGAGCCCUGGGCUGUUCCAAAGGGACAGAUUGGGUCCACAUCAGCAUUCUUCUCAUCACCUGGGACAAAUCCAUCCAUCAGACAGCCCAGUUAAUGUUGGAAACCCAACAAAUUGGCCCCAUCACAUGUCAAAGGACCGACUGGGUCCACCACAGCACUCUGCUCAACCCCCCAGGCCCUUCUGCACAUCACAUUGUGAGCCAGUCAGCCCAUCUGACAUUGACAUGUCAUUGAAUAGCCCACAGCCCUCGCCUCCUGGUAUCUUUCACCAUGCUUCCCCUCAGUUUAUGACAGAUAUAAGCAAUUACACGUUGUCCUUACACAUCAGGAGAGAGGAAUUAUCUGAAGCCAAGGCCAGGUUGUCUCAUUCAGGAAACAAAAACGUCAUCAAGUAUCAAGAAUCAAACAAGGCUCAAUCCAGUGACAUGAGGAGUCCCGUACCAACUGCCCAGCUGCACAUGCGCCAGGUGACCCCAUCACUCAACACCAGAGCAGCUUGUGAAGUUAACCCACAGCCCCUCUCAGACUCAGAGCCCCGGAGUCCUGCUUACAGCCACUCGACUCCACAUGGCUACCAGCCUUCUCAGAAUACCCACUCUACUGAGAGAAGUAGUUGUUCCAAUCUGCCCAUCACGCACAGCCCUGCAGCCCCUUGCCAGGACCAGCAACAUAAAGAAACGCCUUCAAGUGAAAAGCUGAUUCCAGGAGUCAACUGCUCAUCACAGAAGAGGCGCAGAGAGUUUGAGGACUGUGACAACAAUGCCAAGAAACUGUGUCAUCUGGGUGGAAAAUCUGGAAUAGCACAGACUCCAAAACCAACCGUUAACAACUCAGUCAGAACUUUACCAGUGUCUCCAUCGAAGCAUUCUUCAGCCAUAGAACUGCCAUGUGAAACACGAGAUAACCAUCAGCGCUCAGAGUCUUCCACAUUUAAAACUACCCAGUCAUCCUGUGCAUCACUGUCACUUAAACCUUGUCUUAAGGGACGACCCUCAAUCGGGGCAAAGCAGGCAUAUAUAAGUUCCACUCAGGAUCAAAUUCUGAAGUUAAAAGAAUUUACGUCGCCUUCACUGCCCAUUGAAGAAAGUUUUAAAAAAAGAGCAGAGGAAAACAAUAGAAAGACUAAAUUGCGCUUUUCAUUGUCCGCUGAGGUUCCCCAAAGGCUCUCUCAUAGUUUAUCUCAUGAGCACAGCAACUCAGUUUCACCAGUCAAGACAGAGAGCAGAAAGACGGACAGUAUCCCUCCCAAAUUAGCAUCAAACCCAAAUUCAUGUAACGGUCGCACAGUAGAACGAAAUAAAAUUGCCCGCCCGCGAAGACCUGUUGUAAUCCCUGUUGAUACAGAUGAGCUCUUCGCCCCAGAUCCCAUGACUUACGUAGUCAGUGCUGCUCAUAAGAGUGCAAAGCCCAAGAAAGAGGGGGGAACGAUUAAAUCACCCACCUCAGAGAAAAGUUGUUCAUCCAGCACUGCAGUAACUGGACCCAUGUGUCGCAAAACUCCAGAAAGUAGUUUUACUCAUGCAGAGGACACUAAAAUCUCUUCUUCGGCAGGUAACACACGCUUUGUCUCGCCCACUGUAACUUUAGAACGAUUAAAACUUGAAAAUGCGAUCUCCUUUUGUUCUAAAGAUAGGGAACUCAAAAAUGGUUGUAUCACCUCCUCAGGUAGGAGGCUCAAAGAAGAGUCUGUUAAAUCUGGUGGGAAACGCAGCUUAAAGGCUGACACUACUGCUUCCGAACGGACGCAGGUUUCCCAUGGUUCUCAGUCUCCAUCACUGGAGAGGCAGGAAAGUGAGAAGAAUAGAAAGCAGGAAAAUGAAGAGGACGCCGUAGAUGUGGAACUGGACCUCGACCUGAGCUUUUCAUUAGAUCUGGAUGUAACCCAGAGCUCUCAUGGCAGUGAGGAGGGGUCACUGCUGUCCUUGCAGGAGAUGAUGAAGCAUGUGACCAAGCUUCCAGAUACGCCAGAGAAGGGAGCCUUCUCAGAGCCGAGUACACCUGGACAUCACAGCAGCCAGUUAAAAUCUCCAUUACCAUCCUCCACAAAGCCAGGUGUCUACAAAAACAAUCUCGAUCAAAUGCUGAAGGAAAUAAACACCAAUAAAAAAGCGAAAGACAUUGAGGUACAGCUUCUGACUGCAUGUCAAGAGGACCUAUUGCGAAUAGCUGAAUAUGAGACCGAGGAGAAACUGGAAGAGGGCAUCUCCACUGAACAACAGGAAUUUCUGCAGCGCUACUCGCUGACGUCGAGUGCAAUCAGGGAUGUGCCCCCUGGAGAACCGGUGUUCAACAUGGAGAAAUUUGGUCAAAUCUUCAACCAGGACACACUGCAGCUCCGACAAUGCAUGGUGACUCCGGAGGGGACAACAAAGAACACACUUCUAUGGUCCAGUCCUGCUCAACUGAGGUUGCAUGUGAUGAUUGGAUUGUUCCAAGAAGCUUACAACUGUUGCUCACCCUGUCCAGCUCAGAUUACCCGUUUCCUGUUCAAGAUGAUGUCUGUCCAUAGUGAGAGGCUGGUAUCCAAAAAGAUACUGCAGGCUCUCUGUGAUAUCGCCUGCACUGCUGUUAAUCAGAUAGUGAAAAAUGAAAGCCAGCAGUUUAAAGUGUGGGUUCCCAGUUUGGCUGAUGUGACACUGGUCCUAAUGAAUAUGGGAGUUGCUUUUGUGACUCUCUUCCCAUUUGAGAAUCUGCAACCUCCAUUUACAGAAGGAGAUUUGCUGGAGGACAUUUCUAUCCAAUGUGACAGUGCUUCCAGCAACGAGGAACAGAGAACUGUCCCCGAACACAACUACAACAACAUCUUGAAGUACUUGUCUUUCUGUUUCGGCCUGAAUCCACGGGCGUACAGCGACGACGAGCUGCUCCUGCUGCUAACUGUGCUGGGAAAGGUGUGCCUCGACACACAGCUCAUCCUCCAGUCCAGUGUGGAGCUGUUUUCUCUACAGUAUAAAAUUGUCAACAACAUCAGGGACUGGGACACUAUGCUGCCCAGAAUCUGCCUGGCCCUUACUGAUCUGACUAAAGACCACCACAACAUGUGUCUGCUCGUCCAACUGCUGCCUGACAACACACGUGGGAGGCAGCUGCGUCAACAUCUGAGCCUGUCUAUGAUCUCUAAGCUGCUGGAUGGAAAAUGCACCUCCAGACCUGGAGGAAAACAAUUUAAGCUCUCCACGCUGAGGCGAUACCUUCCCUCUAUGCAACCAUCAGCCCUACUCCGAAGCAUGCUGAGCUCCUACAGCAUGACUCAGAACGAUAAGGUGGACAUGGCCACACUUGACCAACAGUCCUACUACCUCUGCUAUAGCCUUCUGACAUUGACGAAUGAAGCUUCCAACUUUCAGUUCUUCCCAGCCCAUCAGAAGGGGCAGCUCCUUUCCCUGUGCUCUGAGCUUGAAACGCAUAUUAAGUGUGACAUCAGAGAGAGCGAGAAAUGUCUUUACCGGAGCAAAGUAAAGGAUCUAGUGGCCAGGAUCGACACCAAGUGGCAGAUGGUGCUUCAGAAGAUCAAGCCUCUCCAUGGCAAGCUGUAUGAUUACUGGCAACCUCCUUCUGUGGAUACAAUGGUCAGUAGCCAAGAAGAGCACAACAGUGGUGAUGGAGAGGGAGUUGUGAUUUUGGAGAAUAAACAAGUGGAAGAAACCAAUGAAGCUGAAGAGAAUGAGGUCCUAAUAAUCGCUGAGGAGGAGCAGAACAUUGUACUUGGUGAAACACAUGGAGAAACUGAAGGACCCGAUCCAAUGGAUGUAAAAAAUAAAACAGAAGAGGCAAUAGGAUCACUUCCUAGGGAGUUGAACCAAGAAAUAGAAGUUGACAAUCUUGUUCAUACAAGACCAACUUAAUAAAUAAGUGUCUAGAUAAAUUCUAGACAUUUUUAAUUUUCAAGGCUUUAAUAGCUAUUUUCUUAACAAUAUGCUCAAUUUGCACUGGAGUAUUUCCCUGUUCUUUGUUCCUCUGUCUAGUUUCAUUGUUAAUACAAACAUUGUAUAUUUUUGAAGUACAUUUUUUUAGGAGAGCUCACAAUGUUUCAUCUGCAUUUGGUAAAUGCUGCACAAGAAAAGUAAUUUACAUUUGAUGUAUGUUUUUGUAAAUAACAUCAGUUACAAUGCUGCUGUUUUCAGAUAUUCAGCUGUGUAUAUUAAUGUGUUUGUGUUACAUACUGCAGUUGAGUGCUUACAACAACCUGCGUUUAUUGGGAGGAGCCCUGUUUUUCUCCAGCUUUGUAAUGUCUCAAAAUCAGUGUAUGUAUGAAUGUUUGUGUUUGUGUCUUCCAGUCUGAGUAAUUUACUAAAGUUACUAUAUGUGUGGUACUAUCCCAUAAAUCAGCUGGAAGCCAAA